CUAUUCUAUGUACAAGCAUAAUCCAAAACCUACUUUCAAGUCCUUUCAUCUUCUUCUUUAUUCCAACCUUUUACUUAAUUUUGCUCUAAUGGGAAAAAUACAUCCAGAAAAUAUAUCUUCACCUUUUUCUUCUCCUUCUUCUUGUUCUUCUCCUUAUGUUACAUCUAUAAGAGAAACUUUUACCAUAUGGAUGAAAUCACUAGUUUUUCAUGGGAAUGGUUGUACUGUUUAUAAUUCCAAAGGUGAACUUGUUUUUAGAGUUGAUAAUUAUCAAGAAAAAUGUAGUAGUGAAGUAUUUCUUAUGGAUCUCAAUGGACAAGUUCUCUUCUCCAUUAAAAAAGAGAAAUUAAGAGUUUUUGGGCGUUGGAAUGGAUAUUUAUGUGGUGGAUUUAAAGGGAGGCCAUGGUUUCAAGUAAGAAAGAAUUGCACAUUUUCAAGAGGAAAUGUUAUAUGUAAUGUGAAUUUGGGAUAUGAAAAAUCCAUUGAGAGUUGCUACAAGAUUCAAAAAUUGGACAGAAAAUCUUCAUUUAAAGUUACAAAUAGUGCUGGCGAAGUUGUUGCUGAGUUAAAACAAAAGCAAUCAACAAGAGGAUUUGCAUAUGGAGAUGAUGUGCUAACUCUAGAAGUGGAACCCCAUGUAGAUCAGUCGCUAAUUGUUGCAUUAGUGACAGUUUGCGGAUUAAUUAGUCGCAAAUUAUGAAGAAAUUAAUUAUGUGAAGAAAUUUAAGAAAUAUAUAUGGGGCUCUUCCAUAUGAACCACCAUUCUGAUUUUAGAAUGUGUUGUGUGUGUUUGUUUUGUAUUUAUAAAUAGGAGAUCAUCAAAUUUGUAUAGAAUUGAUGCUCGGAAAUGUAGGACAAAGAGAGGAAAUAGUCUUGAGUUACAUUUUGUUUUAUGUUUCUUGAUGUAGAAAUCUUGAGAUUUUGUAAAGAGUAAUUUAAAAGGUACUAAUCUGACCUUUUCUUAAGUAUUUGCAUUUGUUUA